AUGAAAAUGCUUUGCUGGAGGGUGGCGUUGUGGCUGGCUGGGUUGACUGCCUGGGGGAAGCUCUCCUCCUGCUCUGGCCUUGAUUAUGACUACACUUACGAUUUCAAUGAAGAGGAUAAAGCUGAGGCGAUAGAUUAUAAGGAUCCUUGUAAAGCCGCUGUCUUUUGGGGAGAUAUUGCCUUAGAUGAUGAAGACUUAAAAAUCUUUCAAAUUGACAGGACAAUUGACCUUACACAGCAUUCAAAUGAAAGACUUGGACAUAACACAGGUGGCUUUGGUGAGCAUGGGACGUCAAAAAAACGAGGUGCUCUCUAUCAGCUUAUAGACAGGAUAAGAAGAUUUGGCUCUGGUUUUGAGCAAAACAAUUCUUCUAAAGGAAGAUCAACUGUAAAAUUCUCAGGGAAAAAUGAGAAAAACCGAUUUCCCAGAGCUGCUACGUCACGAACAGAAAGAAUAUGGCCAGGGGGCGUCAUUCCGUAUUUUAUAGGUGGAAAUUUCACUGGCAGCCAGCGAGCAAUGUUCAAACAGGCUAUGCGGCACUGGGAAAAGUACACAUGUGUUACAUUCAUUGAACGAAGCGAUGAAGAAAGUUAUAUUGUAUUUACAUACAGACCUUGUGGGUGCUGUUCUUAUGUGGGUCGAAGGGGGAAUGGUCCUCAGGCUAUAUCUAUUGGCAAGAACUGUGAUAAAUUUGGAAUUGUAGUUCAUGAGCUAGGGCAUGUGAUAGGCUUUUGGCAUGAACACACACGACCAGACCGAGAUGACCAUGUAACCAUCAUUAGAGAAAACAUCCAGCCAGGUCAGGAAUACAACUUCCUGAAGAUGGAGCCUGGAGAGGUGAACUCCCUUGGGGAACCAUAUGAUUUUGACAGCAUUAUGCACUAUGCCAGGAACACCUUCUCAAGGGGUAUGUUUCUGGAUACCAUUCUUCCUUCCCGUGAUGAUAAUGGUAUACGACCUGCCAUUGGUCAGCGUACUCGUCUAAGUAAAGGAGAUAUUGCACAGGCAAGAAAGCUGUACAGAUGUCCAGCAUGUGGAGAAACACUGCAAGAAUCUACAGGCAACUUUUCCUCUCCAGGAUUUCCAAAUGGUUAUCCUUCCUACACACACUGUAUAUGGCGAAUCUCUGUUACCCCAGGGGAGAAGAUUGUUUUAAACUUUACUACAAUGGACCUGUACAAGAGCAGUCUCUGCUGGUAUGACUAUAUUGAAGUAAGAGAUGGCUACUGGAGAAAAUCACCUCUGCUUGGCAGGUUCUGUGGUGACAAACUACCAGAAGUACUCACAUCUACUGACAGCAGAAUGUGGAUAGAGUUCCGUAGCAGCAGCAAUUGGGUAGGAAAAGGUUUUGCAGCAGUUUAUGAAGCAAUCUGUGGAGGUGAGAUCCACAAAAACGAAGGCCAGAUCCAGUCUCCUAAUUAUCCUGAUGACUACAGACCAAUGAAGGAAUGUGUGUGGAAAAUAACAGUGUCAGAGAACUACAAUGUCGGAUUAACCUUUCAGGCAUUUGAGAUCGAAAGACAUGACAACUGUGCCUAUGACUACUUAGAAGUCCGAGAUGGAACCAGUGAAAAUAGUCGUUUGAUUGGCCAUUUCUGUGGCUAUGAUAAGCCAGAAGAUAUUAGAGCUACCUCUAAUACCCUGUGGAUGAAGUUUGUUUCUGAUGGAACAGUUAACAAAGCAGGGUUUGCUGCUAAUUUUUUUAAAGAGGAAGAUGAAUGUGCCAAACCUGACAAGGGGGGCUGUGAACAGCGGUGCGUGAAUACCUUGGGCAGUUAUCAGUGUGCUUGUGAUCCUGGCUAUGAACUUGGACCUGACAAAAAGAGUUGUGAAGCUGCUUGUGGGGGACUUCUGACAAAGCUAAAUGGGACUAUAACCACGCCAGGAUGGCCCAAAGAAUAUCCUCCAAACAAAAACUGUGUGUGGCAGGUGGUUGCUCCCACUCAAUACAGAAUUUCAAUGAAGUUUGAGUUUUUUGAAUUAGAAGGGAAUGAAGUUUGCAAAUAUGAUUACGUGGAGAUUCGUAGUGGCCUUUCUUCUGAUUCCAAACUGCAUGGUAAAUUUUGUGGUACAGAAGUGCCUGAAGUUAUCACAUCACAAUACAACAAUAUGAGAAUUGAGUUCAGAUCUGACAACACAGUCUCAAAGAAAGGCUUCAAGGCCCACUUCUUUUCAGACAAGAAAACUGCCUGCAAAGAGAAAAUUUUUGUUUUUGAAUCAUGCAAGGACUUGAUACAGGUUGCCCCCUCAGGCCGAGUACGUAUUAUUCACAGACUGGUGGCCUCUGGGGGUCUCAGAGACAAGGACGAGUGUUCUAAGGACAACGGUGGCUGCCAGCAUGAAUGCAUCAACACUAUAGGAAGCUAUGUCUGUCAGUGCCGCAAUGGAUUUGUGCUACAUGAAAAUAAACAUGACUGCAAGGAAGCUGAGUGUGAACAGAAGAUCCAUAGUCCGACUGGAGUCAUCACAAGUCCUAACUGGCCAGACAAAUACCCAAGUAGGAAGGAAUGCACAUGGGAAAUCAGUGCCACUCCUGGUCACAGAGUCAAAUUAACCUUUAAUGAGUUUGAGAUUGAACAACAUCAGGAAUGUGCUUAUGAUCACUUGGAAGUGUUUGAUGGAGAAACAGAAAAGUCACCAAUUCUGGGACGUUUAUGUGGCAAUAAGAUACCAGAUCCUCUUGUUGCUACUGGAAAUAAAAUGUUCCUCCGGUUUGUUUCUGAUGCAUCAGUACAAAGAAAAGGCUUCCAAGCCACACACUCUACAGAGUGUGGUGGUCGACUGAAAGCUGAAUCGAAGCCCAGAGAUCUGUACUCUCAUGCUCAGUUUGGUGACAACAACUAUCCAGUUCAAAUGGACUGUGAGUGGUUGUUAGUAUCAGAGCGUGGCUACCGAGUAGAGUUAACAUUUCAGACAUUUGAGGUGGAAGAAGAGGCAGAUUGUGGUUAUGACUACGUUGAACUCUUUGAUGGCCAUGAUACAACAGGUGUGAGACUUGGUCGAUUUUGCGGAUCGGGGCCACCAGAAGAAAUUUAUUCAGCUGGGGAUGCCGUUUUACUCCAUUUUCAUACCGAUGAUACAAUCAACAAGAAAGGAUUUCAUAUACGAUACAAAAGUAUAAAAUAUCAAGAUAGCAUUCACACCAAAAAAUAA